GAGCGACCCUUUCGCCCAGCGAUGUCAAGGAGUGGUCCGAGCUUCCUGCAGACGUCUACGAGAAGACGAAGAGCGCCUUGUCCCAUUCUUCCAGGCAGAAGGUUGAGUACGCCAGGCGGGCUGCUGCUGCUGGGCUGCUUGGCGCUGCUGGUCGAGAAGCUCCUCAGGCCGUCGACAAAGCCGCCAGGGCCCUCCAGAACGCGAAGGACCGCUUGGCAAGCAACAAGGACAAGGCUUUCAAGCUGCUGGAGGCGGUGUCAACCUCAGAGGCCGGGGUGGCUAAGUUGGAGAAGGAGCUCGAGUCUGCGAAGCAGGACGCGGCGAAGCUGCACGGUGCAUGCGCGUCCGCAGCUGGAGCGUUCACGGCGCAGCAGCUCAAGGCCAAGAUCGGGGAGAUCCCCACGGAGGGCAUCUCGCUUGCCGACUUCCUCAAGUCCCUCCAGGCUGCGGUCGACGAGCUUGACAGCGCUAGCAGGCCGACCGAGCCACAGCAGCACGAG